UCGUCGCCGGAAUUUCUCUUCGAAACCGCUCUUCCUCCGCGAACCACCACUACCCUUUUGAGAGAGCUGUUCAACCGGCUCGGAAAGCCGUUUUUUUCACGGUCCGAGUCAGGCUCGUGAGUUGAAGAAGAAAAACCGGUGUGGUCUUUGACUUGGAAUGGUCAAUUGAGUUUCUGCGAAGAGAAGCAGAUCCGUGAAGCCUUUUUUGCAUUCUAGAGCGAGAAUAAGAAGUGGGUUUCUUUUUUUUUUAGAGAGAGAGAGAGGUUUUGGUUUGAUGUGAAGGUGAAUGGUUGUGGGGAGAAGAAGAGGUUGGAGUUUUUAUGAUGACCGGAGCUCCGGUCAGCGAUCGGAGAGGGUGGUGGCGUUUAGGUGAAUCUCUCACAUGGAAUGGCAGAUCUUGCUAGCUACGGAAAUGCCGACCGUGACCUCGAGCAAGCAUUGAUUGCUUUGAAAAAGGGUGCUCAACUGCUUAAGUAUGGUCGUAAGGGAAAGCCCAAGUUUUGUCCAUUUAGACUUUCCAAUGAUGAAUCUUUUUUAAUCUGGAUUUCAAGUAGUGGAGAAAGAAGUCUGAAGCUAUCUUCUGUGUCGAGAAUUAUUCCUGGACAAAGAACUGCUGUUUUCCAACGUUUUCUGCGCCCUGAGAAGGACUAUUUGUCUUUUUCACUUAUUUAUAAUAACGGAAAGCGAUCCCUUGAUUUGAUUUGCAAAGAUAAAGUUGAGGCAGAAGUGUGGAUUGGUGGUCUCAAAGCACUGAUAUCUUCUGGGCAAGGUGAUCGGUCCAAAAUUGAUGGAUGGAAUGAUGGGGGCCUCAAUCUUGAUGAUACCAGGGACUUGACAUCAAAUAGAACAAGUGAAAGUUCAACCAGUGCAUCAAGAGACAUCAGUUCUCCUGACGUUUCUCUGAGUCUUCCAAAUACUUCACCAAAGUCCUUUCGCCCUGACAAUACCUUAAAUUCUGAAAGGUCACAUGCACCAUCAGUCCCAACAAAUAUGCAAGUAAAAGGAUCUGGUUCAGAUGCUGUUCGUGUUAGUGUGUCAAGUGCCCCUAGCACAUCUAGUCAUGGAUCUGCACCUGAUGAGUAUGAUGCUCUGGGAGAUGUAUACUUAUGGGGGGAGGUUAUAUGUGAAAACCUGAGAGUUGGUGCUGAUAAAAAUGUCAAUUAUUUCAGCCUGGGGGCAGAUGUGCUUCUCCCCAGACCACUGGAAUCAAAUGUAGUUCUGGAUGUACAACGUAUAGCAUGUGGUGUUAGACAUUCUUCUCUUGUCACUAGGCAAGGUGAAGUUUUUACAUGGGGGGAAGAAUCGGGAGGACGCCUUGGCCAUGGUGUUGGGAAGAAUGUGGUUCAACCUCGUCUAGUUGAAGCAUUGGCUUCUACAACUGUUGAUUUUGUUGCCUGUGGAGAGUUCCAUUCUUGUGCUGUUACAAUGGCUGGGGAACUAUAUACAUGGGGUGAUGGUACUCAUAAUGCUGGGCUUCUUGGUCAUGGCACUGAUGUUAGUCAUUGGAUACCAAAGAGAAUUGCAGGUCCAUUGGAGGGACUUCAGGUUGCUUUUGUUGCUUGUGGUCCAUGGCAUACAGCCUUGAUAACUUCAACUGGGCAGCUCUUUACAUUUGGCGAUGGAACAUUUGGUGUCUUGGGCCAUGGAGAUAGGGAAAAUGUUUCAUAUCCUAGAGAAGUGGAAUCCUUAUCAGGGUUGAGGACAAUAGCUGUUGCAUGUGGAGUGUGGCAUACUGCAGCUGUUGUAGAGGUUAUUGCAACACAAUCCAGUGCUAGUGUAUCAUCAGGUAAAUUAUUUACUUGGGGUGAUGGAGACAAAAAUCGCCUCGGACAUGGGGACAAGGAGGCACGGCUUGAACCUACUUGUGUGCCUGCGCUUAUCGAUUACAAUUUUCAUAAAAUUGCUUGUGGGCACAGUUUGACGGUAGGCCUGACAACAUCUGGACGUGUUUUUACUAUGGGAAGUACUGUUUAUGGUCAGCUUGGGAAUCCCCAGUCUGAUGGAAAACUGCCAUGCUUGGUUGGAGACAAGAUUGCUGGGGAUUUCGUAGAAGAAAUUGCAUGUGGUUCAUAUCAUGUGGCUGUAUUAACAUCAAAAAAUGAAGUUUAUACUUGGGGGAAGGGUGCAAAUGGGAGAUUGGGUCAUGGAGAUAUUGAAGAUAGAAAAACACCAACUCUGGUUGAAGCAUUGAAGGAUAGACAUGUGAAAUAUAUUGCAUGUGGUUCAUGCUAUUCUGCUGCCGUAUGCCUUCAUAAGUGGGUAUCUGGUGCUGAGCAGUCUCAGUGCUCUGCUUGUAGACAGACAUUUGGCUUCACCAGAAAGAGGCAUAAUUGUUAUAAUUGUGGACUUGUUCACUGCCAUUCAUGCAGUUCAAGGAAAGCAUUGAGAGCAGCCCUGGCUCCUGAUCCGGGCAAGCCAUAUCGCGUGUGUGAUUCUUGUCAUGCAAAAUUGAACAAAGUUGCAGAAACUAGCAAUAAUAAUCGGAGGAAUGCUUUGCCUCGUCUAUCAGGUGAAAACAAGGACAGGUUAGACAGGUCUGAGCUGAAAUUGUCCAAGUCUGUAAUUCCUUCUAAUAUGGAUUUGAUAAAGCAGCUAGAUAGCAAGGCAGCCAAACAAGGAAAGAAGGCCGAUACGUUCUCACUGGUUCGCACCUUACAAGCACCUUCUUUGCUACAGCUGAAAGAUGUUGUCUUGUCCACUGCUGUUGAUCUGAGACGAACAGUUCCAAGACCAGUGGUUGCACCAUCUGGAGUAAGUUCCAGGUCUGUGUCUCCUUUCUCUAGAAGACCAAGCCCCCCUCGUUCGGCUACCCCGAUUCCAACAACAUCGGGACUUUCGUUCUCCAAAAAUGUUGCUGAUAGUUUGAAUAAAACCAAUGAACUUUUAAAUCAAGAAGUGCAGAAGUUAUGUGCUCAGGUCGAGAGCCUGAGACAGAGAUGUGAACUGCAAGAAUCAGAGCUUCAAAAGUCAGUAAGAAAGACUCAAGAAGCUAUGGCCCUGGCUGCUGAGGAAUCUUCUAAGUCUGAAGCUACAAAGGAAGUUAUAAAGUCACUUACAGCACAGCUCAAAGAUCUGACUAAGAAGCUUCCUCCUGGAGUUUAUGAUGAUGAGAACAUUAGACCAGCUUCCCUAUCAAAUGGUCAUGAGCCAAAUGCCGUCCGAUAUUCAGAUUCAAACAGCGAGCAGCACUCGAGGGCAGAGUUAAUCAGUGGCUCUAGUAUGGCCUCCAUAGGACUUGAAUCCUCACUGUUGGAUAGAACUGUGGGGAAUUCGCCAGGAACCAAUGUAACUAAUCUUCACCAGCAAAUCCGGGGCCUUGCGACCUCUAAUGGGACUAAUAAUCAUCCAGAUGUUAGAUUGCCAAAUGGUGAUGGUGUGAUUCAGGCAAGAAGCAGCAGUAGCACGUCAGAUACAGUUGAGGGUAGGGAUUCCGGGCAUUUCCAUGACGAUGAGAGUGGUUUGAGAUCGAGGAAUCCUGCACCUUCUGCUUAUAAUAUUCAAAUUGAAGCGGAAUGGAUUGAUCAGUAUGAACCUGGUGUCUAUAUAACACUUGUGACCCUGCAUGAUGGAACAAGGGAUCUGAAGCGAGUGCGCUUCAGCCGGAGGAGAUUCGGAGAGCACCAAGCAGAGACUUGGUGGUCAGAGAACCGGGAUAAGGUAUAUGAAAAAUACAAUGUUCGCAGCUCGGAAAAGUCUUCCGGCCAAGCAGCAUGUAGGUCAGAGAGAGCUGGUUUGCCUGUUUCCCAUAGCUAGGAAAAGUAGAGGAGGGAAAGUUCUCCAUUAACACAUUUUGUCACUAAGCAAAAUUUCAGGGAAGCAAGAAUGAAUAUGAUGAAGAAACAAGACCAUCCUUCAUUUUUGUGGGUUAUGUCUAUCCUUAUUCUCUUCUCAAUCUUUUUACCCUUUCUCAUUUUCUCUUAAAAUUAAUUGUCCUCCAUUUAAUUUGGGUAGAUGCCCUUUACAUAUCCGUUUAGUAUAGUGUACAUGAUAUCAUCAGUUCUUAUAAUUUUGACCCAAGAAGCACCCCUACCCAUUUAACCGUGCACUUUAUUUGCUUAUUCUUUCUUGUUUCUAUACACCCAUUUUCUUGUUAUAAGUAUA